CAAACUUUUCCAGCUUAUCCUCUCUUAUUGAUAUCCCUCAUUGCUUCACAUUUAUUAACUUUUCAACUAACUCCAGCUUUUGCUCUAGAUUUUUUUUUUAUGUAUCUGGAACAUUCUUUAAUCCUCCCUCUCUAUAAAUCCCUGAACCCUUUUGCUGCUACUCUCACUCAUAGCUGUUAAAGGAACCUAAAAUGGCGAAAGUUUUAGAUCUUUCUCUGGUUCUCUUUGUUCUGUGUGUGUCCACUGCAGCAAUAGCCAUGGCAAGAAACCUUGGAGAGGAAUCUAGUGAUGAUACUGAGUUCAUCAAAUCCUCUUGUGAGAUAGCAACGUACCCGGAACUAUGUUUUCAGUCUCUGUCUUCUUACGCAAGCGAGAUCAAGAAGCGGCCCCUUCAGCUCGCCGAGACAGCGCUUGCCGUUAGCAUGGCCCGAGCGAAGUCAGCCAAAACAUAUAUCUCGGACAUGACUGACUACAAAGGAAUCACAAAGAGGCAGCACGAGGCCGUGUUGGACUGUGUUGAAGAGAUGGGAGAUACUGUUGAUAGGUUGAGCAAGUCGCUGAAGGAGUUGAAGAAUCUGGAGGAAGGAGAGAGCAAAGAAGACUUCUGGUUCUGUUUGAGCAAUGUCCGGACGUGGACAAGCGCGGCGCUGACAGAUGAGACCACGUGUCUUGAUGGGUUUGGAGGGAAAGGCAUGGAUGGGGAGCUGAAAAGCUUAGUCAGAGCACACAUUGUGCGUGUGGCGCAAGAUACCAGCAAUGCCUUGGCUUUGAUCAAUGUCUAUGCUUCCAAGCAUUGAAUAUAUUGCAACGGUUUGGUCAUGAGGACUUGAGCUUUUUAUACUUUUGGAUUUGGUUUGUAUUGUGUUUUCAAGAAAUGUGUUUUGGUUUGGUUCUGAGUCAUAUCAGUUUCUCUUGCCACAUUGUUAUAUCAUCUACGGUCUAUAUAGUUUGAAGCUUUUCA